ACGCCGUCCAACGAUGCGAUGCCAGAAAGCGACCAUGAUUCGGUGAUUCCAGCCCAACUUGCGUACCUUGCCAUCUAUAACCCGACACUUGGGCCUACCGACGAGACGAUAGCGGACCAGAUCGUAUUCUAUACCUCGAAAUCGAGCCAUGAACGGCGCACCGAUGGGUCUACGGCAGAAGAAGACAUUUCUCAAAGCCCUGAAGAUGAGGGGAAUGAGAGACUGCGCCAGAUAGGUUUGGCGCAGGGCAUGGUCAACUUCGCUAGUAACUUCUCGGCUGGGGAGACUCUAGAAUAUGUUGAGACAGAAAAAGCGCGGGUAGUUCUGCUUGAACUAGAGAAGGAUUGGUGGAUUGUUGCUUCUGUCGACCUGACUCGACUUCCUGCCGAUCCAACCCAAAAGUCCUCUGAGGCUUCCGACUCUCCGAAAUUCCAAUAUUCGUCACGAGAAAUGACACCACCGCCUCUAUUGAUCCAACAAUUACGUCGCGCGCAUUCGGUAUUCCUCCUACACCAUGCCUUCACGUUGGACAAUCUCCUCAAUGAGGUUGGCAGGUCCAGUUUUUGCCUGUUCCUUGAACGUUUCUGGGAGAAAUUUGCGUGGAAUUGGGAGCUUCUCUUAACCGGCAAUCCAAUUGUUGAGAUCUACAAUGGCAUCAAACUCUCUGCGGGAGGGGAGUUAGGGAUCGGCGUUGGGGAGGAAGAGUGGGGCAGCGGGGAACGAGAAGUACUCGAGGAUUUUGUGACAAGAACUGAGGGUUUGGUGGAUCUCGUCGUUUCGAGAUUUGGUGAUCUCCCCACGCAGGUCGAGGGGUCACCGUCGUCGACGGGGUUAAAUGACCAAAGCCGAUGGCUUGGGACAGAUAAUCAUCCUCGACCAUCCGAUGGUGUAGUGUUCACUGGUGUUGGUGCCCUUUCGCGAGAUUCGUUGUCCAAAGUGUCUCAUUGGAUGGAAUGCAUUUAUCGAUUCGGAGAUGCUACAUAUGGGGUUGGGCGGGACCCAACCUCGCUGCGUCGCCGCAAGUCACGAAAGCAGCGUGGAAGGCAAGCUUCAAAAGAUGCUCCUCAGUCCUCAACAUCGGAUCGCCGCAGCUUUACACCAGGCAUACCCCGUCCACUCGUAAUGGCAAUACCACAACCACUCCCAGAACGUGUCGAGAAUCGAACAGAACCAAGACAUGAGGGCUCGCCGCCUCGCGCCCAAGAAAAGAGCGAACUCACAGGUUUCCCAACCGAGACAGUGAUGAGAUACCUCACUCUUGGAUAUGGUUCCUCUUGGGGUUUCUCUCCAAGGCCGGCAUCCACGCCUCCAACGCAAGAUGGAUCUAAUCCGAACACCUCGGCCCCAAAGGAGCAGCCUAACAGUGAUUCACAAUCGCCGCAGGGUGACGCGAAACCCCGCAAUAGCGCGACGAACAAUCCUUCGGGUCAUUUUGUAUUGGGACCUCGUGAUGAUUUAGAAAAAUUGGAUGAUCUAGAAGAGGCAAGCCCAGAGCCCGAGUCUGAGAAUGGCAAACCCAAGACGCGUAUUGUGCAUAGGACUGUAUAUCUCCACCUGGUAGGUGGUCCAGAUACGAGUCCAAGAAAGCUUCGGGUCGUGAUCUACGUGUAUCAACCCUUCAUGUUUACAUUCCUCUUCGAAUCUCAAACACCAGUAUUGUCAUCACCGUCUUUCUACACCAGCAUUCAUCACCAACUCGGUCCUCUUCAGAAAUCACUUCUGUCAUCAACAUCCCCAACAACAGCAGCUUCUCGAAUCGCCAUGUCUGACACAUCCACAGACCCCAGCAGACGGUUCUCCUCUCGAACCCAGCCUGUAUAUGACCUAGUCUACGAUCCAUACAACUUAACCAUCCGCUCCUCCAUCCCCAACAUCCCCAGCCUGAGCAUUAUCUCCCACUCCCCCCAACCACCCAACUCACCAUCCCCCUCCCCCUCGACUUCUCCCUCCAAAUCACCAAUCCCACCACCCUGGUCCCGCGUCGAAAGCCUAGCAAUUCACCACCGCCUUCUGUCAACAUACAUAGACACGCGGUCUCGUCCUCAAGAACUUGAACGCACAAGCAAAACCCACCGCGGAUGGUGGGUUGUCUGGGUCCGCAUUCCCCAGAGCACACCUCACACUCCAACCGUAUUAUCUACUACCUCAUCAUCCGCAGCCCUCUCAUCCAUCAACACCGAUGACCCCUUCCCCGCAACCGAGUUCCAAGCACAUUCCGCCCCUCCGCCACAGGAGGCCUUCCUUGUCCGCAAGGCAAGCGACUACACCUCCAGCCAUGGGCGUGUCAGCAGUAGUACUCGCUUCUUCCGUGAUCUAGGGGGUGGGUCUCCCUCUACUGGAUUGACGUCUUCCCGUGCGGCAGACAUGGCUCCGUCAAAGCUGGUAGAAGGGCUUGGGAUGGAUGCCCGGCGGUAUAUCGAGGGUCUGCUCAGUUUGAAUCGAUGA